AUUCUUUCGCAUGUGACAUGUCCUCAUAAAAUAUCAUAUUACUACACAAACCUAGAAGAAACCGCCCCAAAUAGUUAGCUCCUAUAAAUACAAGACCAUUUCCACUGUCUUUCACAGCACAAGUUGCUGAUCUCAGUACUUAAAUUUAAGUACAAAAGUACUUAAAAACACAGUUUCACUUAUAUAAUUCAUUUUUACUAGAUUAUAAGCAGCAUACAUGGCUAUCCUAAACAAGCCCAUAGCUUCCCCUGAUGGCAAAAUCCUGAUGAGACCAGAGGAGUUCAAGAAGUGGUUGAAGAAAUUCGACGCCGACAAAGACGGAAGGAUCAGCACACAAGAGCUCCGGGAGGCGAUCCGGGCUAACGGAGGGUGGUUUACGACGAGGAAAGGUAGGGAUGGAGUUAGGAUGGCGGACAAAGACGGCAGCGGAUACAUCGACGACAACGAAAUCAACAACUUGAAAGAUUUUGCCCUAAAGUAUCUUGGGGUCAAAAUCAUAACCUACUAGUAAUGAAUAUCAACAAAUCAUCUAGUAAGGCUGAUUUGUACGAAUAUAAUUCAUGUUCAUGGGAGAAAAUAAUAAGGGUUUCUGUAUUUUGCAUUUUGGUGGUGGAUUGAGGGGAUGGUCUUUUCUUUUUUUUUUUGUCUUUGAUUUUCUGGGAUUUUUAACGUUGUAUCGAUCGAAACCUACGCAAAGUACGUAGCCUGGUUUUUAGGACUAUGUAUCAUUGUGUAAUUUCUGUAUCGUGUGUCUUGUUGUUUCAAAUGGAAUUUGAUUUGGUAACUCUUGUUUUAGUGUACAUGAAAUAAAUAAGUGCUCCAAUAUUCGAAGGAGGAAAAAAAAAAAGGUCCAAGUGUUUGGAGCAGCCUUUUUAAUUUACAUUUUCAUGUGUGUAGUUUCUUUCUUGAUUACCUUUGCAUCCUAUAUAUUUACGAUUCAAUUUGAUUCCUUAUAUUGCGAUUUACGAAUUAUACCUACGUAGUUUAGAUAUUUCGUCCUUAUUUUG